CGGCGGGAAGAUGGCUGCCUCCAGCGACGGCCUCGAAGCUGGGGCGGCUGACGGGAGGCCGGGGUGCUCGGGCAGCUCAGGAGUGGAGGUGGUGUUUCCUUCGGGUCCUGCCGCCCCAGCCCCGCUGUGCCCUCACGGACCAACUCUUCUGUUUGUAAAGGUGAACCAAGGGAAGGAAGAAACACGGAGGUUUUAUGCCUGCUCAGCCUGUAGAGAUAGGAAAGACUGUAGUUUUUUCCAAUGGGAAGAUGAAAAGUUGUCAGAAGCUAGACUUGCUGCCCGAGAAGCUUUUAACCAAAGCUGUCAGCCGCCACUCUCCCGGAUGCAGUGUGUGGAAAGGCUGCUGAGGUUUGUUCAGCUGCCCUGGUCUCAGAGGAAGUUCUGCAGAAGAUGUCAGCAGCUGCUGCUCCCCGAGGACUGGGGGGAGCAUGGCGGACACGAGCUGCGGGCCCAAGUCUCCGAAGCCCAGCUCCAAAGGCCCAGUCAGCUCCUUCACCCUCUGGAAAACAAGAAGACCCAUGCCCAGUAUCUGUUUGCGGACAGGACCUGUGGCUUCCUGGUACGCCUCCUUUCCACCCUCGGGUUCAGAAGAGUGCUGUGUGUUGGAACACCAAGGUUGCAUGAGUUGAUCAGGCUGACAGCAGCAGGUGACAAGAAGUCUGACAUCAAAAGCCUUUUAUUGGAUAUUGACUCUCGGUAUUCGCAGUUUUAUAUGGAAGAUAGCUUUUGCCAUUAUAACAUGUUUAACCAUCAUUUCUUUGAUGGAAAGGCCGCCCUUGAUGUAUGCAGAGCAUUCUUACAGGAAGAUGCAGGUGAUGGAGUCAUUAUGGUCACAGACCCUCCUUUUGGUGGCUUGGUUGAGCCUCUGGCUAUCACAUUCAAGAAGUUAAUUGCUAUAUGGAAGGAAGGUCAAAACCAAGAUAACAGCUACAAAGAAUUGCCUAUUUUCUGGAUAUUCCCUUAUUUUUUUGAGUCUCGGAUAUGUCAGUUUUUCCCUAGCUUCUCCAUGCUGGAUUAUCAGGUAGAUUAUGAUAAUCAUGCACUUUAUAAACAUGGAAAGACAGGGCGGAAACAGUCGCCUGUGCGUAUUUUCACCAACAUUCCACCCCAUAAGAUAAUCCUUCCCACCGAAGAAGGGUACAGAUUUUGCCCUCUGUGUCAGCGGUACGUUUCCUUUGAGAAUCGACACUGUGAGCACUGCAAUUCUUGCACAUCCAAGGAUGGCAGGAAGUGGAAGCAUUGCUUCCUCUGCAGGAAGUGUGUAAAGCCUUCCUGGAUCCACUGUAGCGUUUGCGGUCACUGUGCUGUCGCAGAUCAUUCCUGUGUGGGGCCAAGAGCUGGCUGCUUUAUUUGUGGCAAGUCAGAUCACAAACGCAGCACUUGUCCUAAUGUCUGCCUCUCUCGGGGAGCUAACAGGGCUGUCAGAAAGCAGAAGCAAAGAAAAAGUAAUAAGAUGAAAAUGGAGGCCACUAAAGGACAGUCCAUGAAUCAAACAUCUGUUAUCAGGAGAAAGAAGAGAAGGGAGAGAGUCCAUCAAUAUCUUUGCUCUUAAAUGUCCAGUGACUUGAGAAUAAGAAAGAUUUAUAGUCCAACCUUUGAUGCCAUUUUCUACAAGUGCCACAGUGGAGUUAAAUUCAGUCGCUUUCAAAGGUAUGCACCUUCCUGAGCUCCAUAACGGGCAGGUGGCAUUUGCUGUUCAUAGUCCCCUUCUCUGCCUCCUGGGAGACCUGGGGAAAUUGCCGUCCUUGGCUGCUUUCCUGGCCCUCUCUUCAUGCUUUCUCUCUCUUUAAGUCUCUCCCAGUUUUAAUUAUUUUGGCCCCUUUGUCUAAAAAAAUGGGCAUUCAAAGUUCUUUGCAGACCGUGUCAGAAGAAAAUGGAAGUGAAAACCUGUGAUCUUUUAUGUUAAGAUGUGAAUUUUUUGUUGUUCUUAAAUAUUUGGAAAUGGUUUAAACUCCUUUCAAAUAAAAGUGGAUAUACAUA